AUGAAUGAUCAAUUAGCUACACUUAUAACACAACUUAAAGAACGUCGAGCAUUAACACAUCAAGAAAGAAUCAAAUCAUUAGAUAUUCGUGAUGAAAUCUGGCGAAAAUACGUCGAACUUAACAAAGGUUCAUCAUUUGAUGCAAUCGCUGCUCAACGUACUGGCUUAUGUCAAGAUAUGUGUUGUGAACGAGAACGAAUUACACGUGAAUUUCAACGUUUAUCUAAAUCAUAUGAACUUGAUCCAGAUACACGAUCUCUAAAUUAUUCACUUAUGGUUACUGAAUAUUCACGAGCAUCGGCUGAUCAAGCUAUGCCAACACCAUAUGAUCUUCGUUCAGGUCCUGCUUUAUUACAUACAAUGAAUUAUUUAAUAACAAAUAUAAUGGAUAAAUUUGAUCAAGAACGUGAACAAGGUGAUUGGUAUAAUUUUUUAUGGGAUCGUUUACGAGCUAUUCGAAAAGAAUUAACUCAACAACAUUUACGUGAUGAAAUAGCUAUUGAAAUUCUUGAACAAUGUGCACGUUUUCAUAUAUUUUGUUCAGCAUUUUUAUCAGAAUAUUCACGUGAUUUAUUUGAUCCUAAAUUAAAUGAUAAAAUGUUAAUUGAUUGUCUUAAUCAAUUACGUGAAUGUUAUUUAACACAUAAACAACAAAAUAAUAUUCAAUCAUUAAGAAAUGUUGCUGAAUUUUCAUCCUAUAUGUUAUUAAUGAAUUUAAAAGAAGAUAAUGAAACAUUAUUACGUAUUCGUCAUUUAAUACAAGAUAUAACUGAAAAAUCAGAAAUAAAUAUUGCAAUAAAUAUUUAUCGAUCAUUAUUAAUAAAUAAUACAACAAAAUUUUUUUCACUUAUUGAAAAUAAUGCUACUUUAUUACAAUCAUGUUUACUACAUCGAUAUUUUAAUGUAAUACGUUUAAAACGUCUUAAUUCACUUAUAUCAUCAGCACGUAAUAAUGAUGAAUUUCGUUUAUCAGAUAUAACAGAUAUUCUUGGAAUGGAUAAUGAUGAUGAAGCAAAAGAUUAUCUUGAACAACUUAGAUAUUCAGUAUCAAAUACAAAUCCACCAUGUUUUAUUAUACCAUCAAUAGAUAAUCAAAGUCAACAACAACCAAUUAAUAAAUUAUCUCAAAAACUAAUUAAAUCAAAAUAUAAAGGAAAUUUAAAAGAUAUUAUUACUGGACAGCCGGAUGUACCAAUUGUUGUUACUGAUUUAAAUGUUGAAGAUAGUUUUGAUAUUCAAGGAUGUUUUAUUGGAAAAUUACCUAUUGAUUCAGAUAAAUUAGCAACACUAAUUUCUCGAAAACCAUCACCAGAGCAACAACAACAACCGCAACCAAAAUCACAACCGUCAUUAUUUGUUAGACGUCCACCUUCUGAAAGUGCUCUUCGAUCAAUGGCAGCAGCAACAACAGCAAAUACAUUUUUACUUAAACCUCGAUCAACACCAUCAGAAAAUAUUUUCGUUACUGCUACAACAACAAUACCAACGCCAUCACCAUUUCGUUUUGGAGGAUUUAAUUCAAAUUCAACAUCAGUUCAAUCUACACUUUCUACAAAUCCUUUUGUUCAACCAUCUUUACCAAAAAAAAUAUUCGAUACAACAUCACAAUUUCCAUCUUCAUCUAAAUCAAUAUUUUCAGGUGCAAAUCAAGCGACAAAAGUUAUUGAACAUUUACCAUCACCUGUCGAAAUUAUUCGACCAUCUAUUCCUAUUUCAAAACCAUUACCUCAAACGCCUGAACAAAUAAUACAAUCACCACCACCACCACCGCCUAGUCGUCGAUUAUCAACCCAUUCAAUGGAUAUAUUUAUUGAUGAGUUAUAUCAACAAAUGAUUGAUCCAUUAACUCAAGAAACAAUUUGUAAUAUCUUUGAUGAAUUAAUUUCUCAAUGGAAUAAUAUAACAAGUCAAACAGUUACAAUUUUUAAUGAAUUACUUUCUGAUGAAAUUUAUUCUAUAGCUGAUGAUUAUUAUCAUAAUGUUGAAUUUCAUCAAAAAAUGUUAAAUGAUACUUUAGCUGAACAAUAUGAACGAAAACGAAAAAAAUAUUUAACAAAAAAAUAUUUUUCUAUAUGGUUAGAAAAUUCAAUUCAAGCAAAUGAAGAACGUUUAAUACUUAAUGAAUUACAAAUGAAAUAUCAUUUUUUAAAUAAUGAACAAUUAAUUGAAUUUUUAACUGGUAUACAAUUAAUGACUGAAUAUGAUUUAACAUUAGAACAAACAAAUGAUAUAUUAAAAUAUCGACGAUAUUUAAAACGAAAUCGUCUAAAAAAAAUACAUUUUUUAUCAAAUUUAUUUUUUGAAGAAUUUUUAAAAGAAGAAUUACAUAAAAUUGUUAUUGAAUCUAAUCAAGAACUGAAUUUACGUAAAAAAUUAUUAGAAAAUGCUCUUAAAAAACAAUAUAUUCAAAAACGUGAACAUUAUCUUCAAUUAAAAUAUUUUUCUCUUUGGAUUUUAAACUAUCGUCAACGAAGAAAAAUUCGUAAACAACAAUUAUUAUUAAAUAAUAAUAAUAAUAAUAAACGUACAAAUCAAUUUCUUCAAUUACGUAAUAAUAAAAAAUUAAAAGAAAAUAAUCAACAAUAUAAUACAAUAAAAAAUUCUUUCGAUCAAUUAACAACUGAUCUUAAUCAAAUUCAAUUAUUUAUAAAUAAACUUAAUUCAUAA